AUGGAACACAUAAGCGAAGUUGCAGGCUUCGGAGUUGGCACUUUGUUACUGUGUGCUACAAUUGCUGCCCCCAAAGUGGAUCCUUUCAUCUCUGCUUCACAAAGAAGUUCAUUGGGCUUGUGCAAGAGAUGUGGUGGUCUACACGUGAUAGCAUGCUUGAGAUGCAGUGGAACUGGACUAAUCAAAGCAAUUGGAUCAUUAAGCUUUAACCUCAUCGAUAAUAUGUAUCAGUCCGAGGAAUUUAAGGUAAAAUCUGUUGGAUGUACAAAAUGUCAAGCUAUAGGUCACUUCAGCUGUCCUGAUUGCUCUAAAUCAUCUACUAGUUGAUUCUCGAACAGGCCACGGAAGCCGUUUUUACU